AUGGCUUAUGAGUCGUUUUCAAAUUUGAUUAUUCACGUUGGCACCAAUGAUUUAGUGCACAAACCAGCUGAAGCAGUAGUAGGAGAUCUUGAAAAUUUAGUAAUGAAAUUCAAAGGCUGCACAAAUAAUAUAGCUAUUUCUAGUGUGAUCAUGAGAAACGAUGGUCGGGUGAACCCAGAGAAAAUACUUUUGCUAAAUCGUAUUAUAAAUCAAUGGUGUAUUAACAAAAAUGUGCACUUCAUUGAUAACUCAAAUAUAAAUUGUACACAUUUAAAUAGAUCUAAUUUACAUCUUAACAAAGCAGGAGAUAGGGUAUUAGGAAAACAUAUCUGUGCAUAUUUAAAGUUAAUAAGAAUAGGAUAUGUAAAUCCACCUCGAAAUAAGCUUGUAAAUUCGCAAUCCCAUUUUUUAUACAAACAGAAGAAGUCUACGAACAAAUAUCCGCCUCUGAUGAGGGUAAAUCACUCAGCUGCGACGUGGGAAGCUCACCUAGAUCGUGUAACAUACAUGACAAGGAAGCGAUGAGCUUGGAGAAUCUGCUAAGUGAGUUCUCUGGUACCGCUCCAGUAAUGAAUAAUACAUGUAUGCUUGAUAUAAUUUCAGAAAUAAAUAGUCAGAGUACGUGUGAUAAAUCUCCUAGCAAUUACGAUCCUGUAUCGAAUAUCAAAGCGCUGAAAGGUUUCAAAAUUGCGGCACUUAAUAUUGCUAGUCUUGUAAGCCACAUAGAUGAAUUAAAAAUGGUCAUGUCCAGCCAAACUCUUGAUAUUUUAGCAAUUAAUGAGACGCGUUUAGACAGCACAAUUGCUCACAAGGAUAUUUCAAUAAUAGGAUACAAUGUAGUACGCAAAGAUAGAAAUAGACAUGGGGGUGGAGUUCUGCUAUACGUAAAGGAGACAUGGAAUUUUUUGACCAAACAAAUAACUUCUGACAUUGAUCUUGAAAUAUUAACUAUCGAGAUUAUAGGUAAAUUCGUAAAACCAUUUUUGGUUACUACCUGGUACAGACCUCCAGCAAGUGAAUUAAAUGUUCUUGAUACAUUUGAAACCUAUCUCCAGUCGCUAGAAAUGGAGGAAAAGGAAUCUAUAAUACUAG